AUGGACAUCGAGACCAAGCCCGUGACCACGAUCAAGACCAACGACCAGACUAACUCGGUGUCGGACCACGAGAACAACGAGGGCGAUGUCCAGGAGACCAGCGUCAAGAGGGCGCUGAAGCCUCGUCACGUCACGAUGAUUGCGCUAGGUGGUACCAUUGGUACUGGUUUGUUCAUCGGUAUUGGUACUCCGCUCUCCAUCGCAGGCCCAGUGGGCUCGUUGAUUGCGUACCUGUUCAUGGCCACCUUGGCCUACUCCGUGACACAGUCGUUAGGUGAGAUGGCCACGUUCAUCCCGGUCACGUCCUCGUUCACGGUCUUCACGACCAGGUUCUGUUCGCCAGCCUUGGGUGUCUCUGUGGGCUACAUGUACUGGUUCUCGUGGGUCUUGACCUUUGCAGUGGAAUUGAGUGUCGUGGGACAAGUCAUUGACUAUUGGACAAGUGCAGUGCCGUUAGCAGCGUGGAUUGCCAUUUUCUGGGUGGUGCUCACGUGUUCCAAUAUGGUUCCUGUCAAGUUCUACGGUGAAGUUGAAUUUUGGGUAGCUGCCAUAAAGGUGAUUGCCAUUGUCGGGUUCAUCCUCUACAGUUUCAUCAUGGUGUGUGGAGCUGGUGUCACAGGCCCAGUUGGCUUCAGAUACUGGAGACACCCUGGAGCCUGGGGCCCAGGUUACUUGUUCGCCAACACUGCGAAGGGACGUUUCCUAGGCUGGGUUUCCUCUCUUAUCAACGCUGCCUUCACUUUCCAAGGUACUGAAUUGACAGGUAUUGCUGCUGGUGAGUCCAAAAACCCGAGAAAGUCUGUUCCAAAAGCCAUCAACACCGUCUUCGUUAGAAUCCUUGUGUUUUAUAUCCUCUCCUUGUUCUUCAUUGGCCUAUUGGUUCCAUAUAACGACCCAUUGUUGUCAUCUGAUGACUCCUACACCGCAUCUUCACCUUUCAUCAUUGCAAUCAUCAACUCGGGAACAAAGAUCCUCCCAGACAUCUUCAACGCUGUUAUUCUGCUCACCAUUAUAUCUGCUGGUAACUCCAACGUCUAUGUUGCAUCUCGUAUCCUUUACUCUUUGGCAGUGACCAAAUUGGCUCCAAAAUGGUUCACCUAUACGACAAGACAAGGUGUGCCAUUCGUCUCUGUGAUAUUCUCCUCGCUCUUUGGAUUCCUUGGGUUCAUGGUGGUUUCGAACGGUGCCAACACGGUGUUUAACUGGUUGUUGAACAUCACAGCAGUUGCCGGACUGUUUGCAUGGCUCUUCAUCUCAGUCUCCCAUAUCAGAUUCAUGCAGACGUUGAAGCAUAGAGGCAUGUCUCGUGACGACCUGCCGUUUAAGGCCCGUUUCAUGCCAUGGGGAGCCUACUACGCUGCCUUCUUCAUCCUCCUGAUCAUCAUUAUCAACGGUUACGAGGCAUUCGUCAUCUCAUUCAGCGUGGACAGCUUCUUCACCGCGUACAUCUCCGUCAUCUUGUUCGUCGCAUUGUACAUCUUCUUCCAAUUCUUUUGGUUCAGAGGCCCGUUGAUGCUUUCUCUCGAUGAAGUGGAUAUCGACACUGAUAGACGUGAGAUCGAUGCCAUCGUCUGGGAAGAGGAGCCUCCAAAGAACCUGUGGGAGAAGUUCUGGUCCUAUCUUGGUUAG